UCGCUCAAAACGAGUGGUUCUCUUCUUGACUUGAAUCCUGUGAAAAUCCCAGAAGCAUCCGAAAAAUGAGCCCUCAAAGCAGAAGAGGAAGCCAUGGCCAAUACUCUCUCUCUCUCUAGCUCUUCCCUCUUGCACCACUGCACGAAACCCACUUCAAGAAUCAACUUUAAAACCAAAAUCAAAGAAUCUUUAUCAAAUUCAUCGACCAUGGCUACUAAUACUCCUACAACCGCCGCAAAGGUAGUGGCGCCGGCCAUAAUUGUCGGUGGUGGGCGCGUGGGUAGGGCUUUACAGGACAUGGGCAAUGGUGAUGAUGUGUUGAUAAAGAGAGGUGAAUCAGUGCCACUCGAUUUUCCUGGGCCAAUCUUGGUUUGUACAAGAAACGAUGAUUUGGAUGCUGUUCUUGAGUCCACUCCUAAGUCCCGUUGGAGCGAUUUGGUGUUUUUCCAGAAUGGAAUGCUGGAGCCGUGGUUUCAAAGUAAAGGCCUUGGUGAUGCAGAUCAGGUUUUAGCUUAUUUUGCGAUAUCAAAACUUGGUGAACCCCCAAUUGAUGGUAAAACCGACACCAACCCGGAGGGUUUGACGGCUUCAUACGGGAAGUGGGCUUCAGCAGUUGCUGCAAGAUUACAUGCGGGAGGCUUGUCUUGCAAAGUACUUGAAAAGGGUGAAUUUCAGAAGCAAAUGUUGGAGAAGCUUAUAUGGAUAUGUGCUUUCAUGCUUGUGGGGGCCCGUCAUCCUGGAGCAACUGUAGGUGUAGUUGAGAAGGAAUACCGCUCAGAGGUAUCUUCUCUUAUUACUGAACUGGAAGCAGCAGCGGCUGCAGAGAAAGGUAUAGUUUUCGAUGGAGCAAUGGAGGAUAGGUUAUGUGCUUACUCAAGAGCAGUUGCUCACUUCCCGACCGCAGUUAAAGAGUUCAAAUGGAGAAAUGGGUGGUUCUAUUCACUUACAGAAAAAGCAAUUGCUCAAGGCAAACCAGAUCCAUGUCCAUUACAUACAGCGUGGCUCAAAGAACUGAAAAUAGUAUAGAAUGUGUCAUUGGUUAGAACACAUUUUCGUUUCAUUCUCUCCAUCUUCGCUUGUUUUAAAUAAAUGUAUUAUUGAGUUUGUCAUUUGUUUUACACUAUGUUUACAUGUUUCAAUGGGAUAUUGAUUUAAAUACAGGUGCCAUUUUUCUGUUCUA